ACUGUUGAUUUCAUCUCCUUUUUAGCUUGAAGUACUUGAUCUAAGCUCUCAUUUUCCAUCAAAAUUUAUCUUCAAGUUCUCUAAAGAAAUCUGAAAUUGCUCGUUUCAUUUUAAGUUUUUGAGAAUGCUACAAUGCUGAUAAAAAAUUCAUUAAUAAGUCAUUAAAUUUCAAUGCAAACGGUAGAUUUAAUCCCAUUUUCUGGAGUAAUCAAAGCCUGUGAUUUUACUGCGUUAAAACUGUCGAUUUGAUCUAAUUUCCAUCCAUAUUUAAUGCAAAACAAACUUACUUUUUCAUCUCCUCUUGACCCCCCAAUAAAUACCAAAGAGAAAUGGAAAGCCAGUGAUCUAUUUCUUCAAUUAUUGGUAAGACCGGUGUCUCUCUUCCUGAUCCAUUGUCAUAGAUUUGCUCAAUUUAGAUCUCUAUAAAUCCAUUCUACGAUUUUGAUCCCAUCCUUUUGAAGUUUCCCAAUGGCUUUGAAGUGAGAGAAUCGAUGAAAAAAGAAACUUAGGGUCAUUAAAAUAAUGGGUUUUCUCUGCAACUUCUGGUUGAGCUCACGUGAACUACAGGGUUGUGGAAUUGAAAGCGCAUCUAGGGUUUCAACUGAACCAUUGAAGCUCGAAUAACUUCAUUCGGGCUUCGACUGAGGCGUGUGAAAUGGCGGAUUUGAUGAACAGAUGUUCAGAAAUGUGGUAUUUGAGUGGAACUUCAACUGUUUAUGAUUUCAACAAUGGCUGGUUUUCAAGAACACUGUGUUUCUCUCUGGUUUGAGAAGCACCGAAAAGAAGUUGCAGAAAGCAAUGAUAUUUUUUGAGCUCGGUGGAGAACGAUGGGACAAAGACCGGCAAAAACCAGUGCUCUGCCCUCUAGAAGAAGCAUUUCGUCAGAGAGUCCCACCAUGUAAUCAUACUCUGCAUCAGAAAAGCUCAUGAAACAGGGGACAAGGAAAGGCCUAGGGUUUUUAGUGUCUCUUCAAACCCUAGCAGAGAGGGAGAGUUCUUCUUCUUUCUUUGAACCUCGCCACCAAGUCUCCCGCCCAAUGUAGGUGAGAAGCUUAGCCCGCCAUUAAAGCAAGAAAUGAUACCUUGUUAAAUCCCUAUUCAAAGUUACAGAGAGCUUCAAUGAAAGAGAAAACACUGCCCAUUUUAGGGCUCCUCCUCCUCACAAUCCACCUCCUGUCUCACCUUGUCACCUCUGCAACAAAUGAUGCAGUGGCGCUUCUAACCCUAAAACAACACUUAGAUCCUCUCAACAAGCUUCCAUGGCGUGCUGAAGUCUACCACUGCAAAUGGGCAGGAGUGAAGCAAUGCCUGAACGGCAGGGUCUCAAAGCUUGUGCUGGAGUUCCAGGAACUCAAUGGAACCCUAGAAUCACAAGACCUAACCCUAACCAGUCUAGACGAGCUCAGAGUCCUUUCUUUUAAAGGAAACUCUUUAUCAGGUUCAAUCCCUGAUUUAUCAGGCCUCGUGAACCUCAAAUCGCUCUUUCUAAACAAAAACCAGUUUUCCGGCGAGCUCCCGGCCACUAUUUCAGGCCUACAUCGUCUGAAAAUUGUGGUCUUGUCAGAUAAUCAGCUUUCCGGCGGGAUUCCGGUGACUCUGGUAAACCUCCGGCGGCUCUACACCCUCCUCUUAGACAAUAACCGUCUGGUGGGUCAGAUUCCGGCUCUUAACCAGAGCGUCCUCACGUUCUUCAACGUGUCCGGAAACCAACUUUCCGGUCAGAUUCCGGCGACCCAGGCACUCUCGAGGUUCAACAUCUCGUCAUUUUCUGGAAACCUCGGCCUCUGCGGCGAAAUAAUCCGGCAACGCUGCAACAAUUCCGGCGUCUCCGUCGCUCCAAGCCCCAUAUACCCCUCUCAAACCCGAAAAUCCCACACAAGAUCCAGGGACAAAAUGCGGAUUAUCUUUAUUGUGGUGGGCAGCGCUCUGGGUGGCGUUUCCAUAUUUGCCCUCUCUCUGUUGCUUUUUUGCCUCCUGUCCCGGAAGAGGAGCCGAAGAGAGAGCGGCGCUAUCAGGACGAGGGAGGUGGAGAAGGGCGCAGCCGUAGAGGACGGCGCUGGUGAGGGGGAUAAUGGUCAGAAAAACUUUCAGUGGGACCAAGAUUGCAUUGGAAAACUUGUUUUCGUUGGCGGGGCCGAGCAGGCCUACAGUUUGGAGGACUUGUUGAAGGCGUCGGCCGAGAUACUGGGGAGGGGCAGUUUGGGAAGUACGUAUAAAGCGGUGAUGGAGAGUGGUUUCAUUGUGACGGUGAAGAGGCUCAAGAAUUGCGCGAGGCCUGGGGCCGACCAGUUUGAGAUGCAAAUGGAGGUCGUCGGGAGGGUGCGGCACCCCAACUUGGUGAGGCUGCGGGCCUACUUUCAAGCCAAGGAGGAGAGGUUGCUGGUCUACGAUUACUUCCCCAACGGGAGCUUGUUCUCUCUCAUACACGGCACUAGAAGUUCCGGAGGAAAGCCCCUCCACUGGACCUCUUGCCUCAAGAUUGCCGAAGACGUCGCCACCGCCCUAGCGUACCUACACCACACUGCCGGCCUUGCCCAUGGCAAUCUAAAGUCGUCCAAUGUUCUUCUCGGCCCUGACUUCGAAUCCUGCCUCACCGACUACGCCCUCUUCCCUUUUCGCCCGGUUUCUAUUGAGGAAGGCCCUUCACUCUUUUACCGGCCCCCUGAGUUUCGAUUUUCUGCCCGCACCCCUACCAUGGAAACUGACAUUUAUGCAUUUGGUGUCCUCCUAUUAGAGCUCUUGACGGGUCGGGCUCCGUUCCAAGACAUGGUGCCGGAGGACAAUGCUGAUAUUUCAGUGGUGUCGAAUUGGGUUCGAAGAGUGAGGGAGGAGGAGAGAGAGAUGGAGAAUUCCGGUUCAGGGAAUGAGGGGUCGGAUGAGAAGUUGGUGGCCUUGUUGAGUGUGGCAGUUGCAUGUUUAGGUGGGCAGAGGCCGGCAGCUGGCGAGGUUGCACGGAUGGUGGGUGAGGCACGGGCCGAGGCACAGGGGUCUUCACAGAGCAGCGAGCAGAGCCCGGGGCGGUGGUCAGAUACAGUGCAGAGCUUGCCAAGGGAGUCGGGGUCGGAGCACCACAGUUUUACAGAAAGGGACUGAGGGAGAUUUGCACGAUUGAUUUUUGAUAUUUCAACGCCCGUAAUGCCCUCUAUUUCUCUCUUCUGCUGUGGAUUAUGACAAGAACAGAUGUUUGAAGCUGAAAUGAAUGAUGUGGGUAUCAAAAUUUCAAAUAAUUCUUUAUAGUAGUUAAGGAUGCAUGUGUAGAUAUUUAGUCCUUUUGAGCUCCACAGUUGGUGGACCAUCAUUCUUUGUUUGAAUUUGUGGGAUUAGGAGGAUGUGCAUUAAGCCCUCCUUAAUUUUAUUCCUUUUGAGUUGAAUUUGUUCUCUCUC